GGAAAAUACCAGCAACACCGUUUAUUUAGUAUGUGAACAAUUAGUUCGGUCAAUUUAAUUGUGUUAUGUGUAGUAAUUACUCCCACGUUAUGUUUGUAGAUAGGAUAGGGUGAUCUACAUAUUUCAGGGUCGAUGUUCCAUCCCCUUUCAUGACUGAAUAUUUCGUUUCAUCACAAACCAUAUCGUUUAUUGCUUGUUCCCUAAAAUGGGUUUUAAUCAUUAACAAAUGAGAGGACAACUUUCUUAACACUGUUUUAUUUCCCAGCUGACCGUCAAAUCAAAAAAAAAAAAAAAAAGAAUAUGUUUAUAUUUGGAUUUACCAUAACAACAUAUUGUGUACUUUUCUACUAUCCAUGGUAAACAACUCUGAUUUAUCAAUUCUUCUUCCCGACUCAGCAAUCACACCAUCAAAUAAGCGGCUACGUCUAAACAUAUUCAUAUUUCUUUCCCUGAGAUCUAUUUUACGUCGUCUUAGCGUAGAAAUUAUAAAGUGUUUUCGUCUGUAACAGAAGUUCUCUACCAUUUCUUUUAUCUAUGGACCACUUUGAUUACUAUUUUAUUCUGGUAGACCCCCCAUAAUCAUUUAAUGUUUAAAAACUAGUUUUAUAGAAACUUCUUUAGAAAUUAUUUUGUUUUACAUACAUUAACUUGUGUGCGUUGAACUAUGUAAAAUGUUAAAGAAAAAAAAAACCUAGCUGUUUCUUACAAUACAUCUAAAGCAAAAUUUUUUCAGUGGCCUUUAAAAUACUGAGGUGGACCCCAAUUUAAUAUUCUAUUACGGAGAGCCCUAAAAAAUCUUAUAUAGACCCCCGGUUGAUAAUCACUGUGUCUGUGAUAAGUAAACUAUAUCUUCAUUGCAUAAUUUCUGCACAUGUAGCAGAUUCCCAUGAUGUCCAAGUCAAGAAAACUAACCACAAGAGAAUAUUCUUAGACAUUUCUCAGAUUUUGAUUAAGUACCUGAAGAUUGGAUAUGGAAGACGUUAAUCACUUGGACACUUCUGUUUUUAACCCUUUAGAUUCAGUAACAUGGACAUACAAUGAUAUGAAACCGUUAUGUAGUGAAACGUUUAUUCAACAACGAUCGUUGGAAAGAAACAUUCCUGACUACCGCUGUGAUAUUUGUUGGAAAAGCUUCUCUUCAGGAGAUGAAGUUUUGACACAUCAAGAAAUACACAAUAGGGAAAAAUUCUAUCACUGUAAAGUAUGUGGAAAAUGUUUUGUUUCCGAUGGCGAUUUGACAAAACAUACAAGAAGACAUACCGGAGAAAAACCCUAUCACUGUGAGUUAUGUGAGAAAACAUUCUUUGAGAAUUCUAGUCUCGUACGUCACCGAAGAAUACACACGGGAGAAAAACUGUUUCACUGUGAAACGUGUGGGAAAUUUUUUGUCUGUAACAGUAAUUUGACCGCACACAAAAGAACCCACACUGGAGAGAAACCCUACCAUUGUGAAAUAUGUGGAAAAUCUUUCCUUGAGAAUUCCGGUCUCCUACGUCACCGAAGAAUACACACUGGAGAAAAACUAUUUCACUGUGAAGUCUGUGGGAAACCUUUUGUCUCUAACAGUAAUUUAACAACACAUAAAAGAACACAUACUGGAGAAAAACCUUAUGGGUGUGGAAUUUGUGAGAAAUCUUUCUCUGAUAAAUCUACUCUUGUAGUUCACCAACGAAUACACUCUGGAGAAAAACUAUUUCACUGUGAAGUUUGUGGCAAAUCUUUUGCCACUAACAGUAAUUUUAUAGCACAUAAAAGAAUACAUACAGGAGAAAGACCAUAUGAAUGUACAAUAUGUGAUAAAUCCUUCUCUGAUAAUUCUAGUUUCAUACAUCACCGAAGAAUCCACACUGGAGAGAAACCAUAUAAUUGCGAUAUAUGUGGGAAAUCCUUUUCUGAUAAUUCUAAUCUUGUAGUUCAUCGAAGAAUACAUACUGGAGAAAAACGAUUUCAUUGUGGUCUGUGUGGGAAGUCUUUUGUCACUAAUUGUGAUUUAAACAAACAUAAAAGAAUCCACACUGGAGAAAAGCCUUUUCAUUGUGACAUAUGUGGUAAAUCAUUCUCUGAUAAUUCUAGUCUCUCAGUUCACCGAAGAACGCAUACUGGAGAAAAACGAUUCCAUUGUGAAAUAUGUAGCAAAUCGUUUAUCACUAAUGGUCACUUAAAGUCGCACAAAAGAAUCCACACUGGAGAGAAACCUUUUCACUGUGACAUCUGCGGGAAAUCAUUUCGUCAGAACUCUUACCUCAUAGUACACCAAAGAAUACAUACAGGAGAAAAACCAUUCCACUGUGAAAUAUGUGGUAAAUCUUUUGUGUCUAACAGUGAUUUAACAAAACAUAUAAGAAUCCACACUGGAGAGAAACCGUAUCAUUGUGAAACAUGUGGAAAAUCUUUUGUGUCGAACAGUGAUUUAAGAUCACAUAAAAGGACACACACCGGAGAGAAACCUUAUCACUGUGAAAUGUGUGGAAAAUCAUUCUCUGAUAAAUCUACACUUGUAGUUCACCAAAGAAUCCACACUGAAAAUAAAACCCUACCAUUAUGAAAUAAUAUGGGAUAUCAUUUGUCUAUAAAAGUAGCUUAACCCUAGAGCAUUCACAUUAUUCUGUCAAAAGUGUGUAUUGUAUUGGCACACUGUCAGUUACAACGACAAGGGUUCCAGUUGAUCUGAUUAAUGGAACAGCCUGCUCAUGAAAUUAACAUGCAAGUGGCUGAGCGCUCCACAGACACACACAUCCUUAACAUAGUUCUCAGGAAGAUUCGGCAUGAUACAGAAUGUGACAUGGUUGACCCUUUGAGAUACAAGUACAAUUCAUUUUUGCUAUCUGAGUGGACUGGAGCAAUAGGGAUUAAAGCAUCUUGCUCAAGGACACAAUGCACCACCAAUAAUCGAACUCACGACCGUACGGUCAUCAGCCAAAUGCCCAUAAUCACUAAGCCACGUGCCUUCACUAUAAUAUUUAUUUAUCCACAUUGUUUUCAAUUAAUCAUACAUUAUCUUGUAGUUUUGAGAUUUUGAUGAGGUAACUAAAAAUUUUAGAAUGAUAUUGUAGGGUUGGUGUGAGAGGCCACAUCUGGCCAGUUUGAAUAUAAAACAGAUAGAAUAUUUGGGACACAGACAAAUAUACAAAGGAGAGAAAUCUUUUAACUGAAACAUAAAACCUUCUCUUAUAAAUCUAAACUUAUGUAAAAAAAAAAAAAAUAAAGACCCCUUUGGUCACUAUUGACUGUGGGAUUGCACCUAGAAAGUUUCCCUCUGAGGCACAAGUCCAGGCAAGGUUUAUGGAAGACCAGCAGUUGCCCAUGCAUACCAGCCUUUCCUCUCCGUAUUACAAAUUUUGUUCAAGAGAAAGGCAAACUCUGAUACAGCUUGACACAGGUGACAUCACAACUCAUUUCUACAGCUGAGUGAACUGGAGUAACAUGAAAUAAAGUGUUCUGCUAAAGAACACAACACACAAUUGUAAUCUACUGACUGGAGGGGGACAUACCACUGUGAAACAUGUGGGAUAUCAUUCUCUGAGCUCUGAUCUUGUAAUCCAGAAAUACAUCCUAGUGAAAGACCUGUUAUUUGUCUUUCAAGUUCAUUACAAAGACAAGAUCUCAUUGAUUAUGAUUAGAAAAAUGCAAAAAUAAAAGGCUGUAGAAAAUA